AAUGGCAUAGCAUCAACUGACUAACAGUGAAUUUGCUGCCACGUGGCCUCCUAACUGUCAUAUUUUUUUCACCUGCUUCUUUUGUUGAUGUACGUAUGCUUUAAAGUCAUAAUCUUUCCCUUUAUGCAACACACGCAUAAGAGAAAUGGCGGUCACUUCUCUGUCAGUAUUGAGAGUUGGUCGCUUCUCAUUGCUUAAUCCGUGCCCUUAUCCUCAGUUGUCUCUGGCAAGUAUUAGAUCGAGGAAGCUCAAUUUCCGGCCAAAGAUAUUUGCUAGAUAUGCACCAGCACAGGAUCCUUUCUCUUCUCGCCUUCAAGAUAGUAUUGAAAACUUGCCCAAACUUGUGGAGGAUAUUAUCCAGACAUCUAUCAACACGGGUCCUCGUGGAGCGCUAAGGCUGGCUCAAGGCAUUCAAGCAGUUCUUGGAGUUAGUAGUGAGUGGCUGGCAGAUGUAUCAAAGUCAACAAAUUCACCUUCUGGAUUGCCAACCCAAAUGCAGCUUGGAUUACUUUCUCCACUGUAUUUGAGGAGAUUGUUUGAACGCAUGGGAGCAACCUAUAUUAAAUUGGGUCAGUUCAUAGCAUCUGCGCCAACAUUGUUCCCACCAGAUUAUGUUGAAGAAUUUCAGAACUGUUUUGAUAGAGCUCCUGCAGUACCUUUUCAAGAAAUUCAAGCAAUCUUGCGUGAAGAAUUAGGAAGGCCAAUAGAAAGUGUGUACGAAUUUGUUGACCCAAUGCCGAUUGCCUCAGCCUCAAUAGCACAGGUACAUGGAGCAAGGCUGAAAGGUUCUCAAGAAGAUGUGGUUAUUAAGGUCCUAAAACCUGGAAUUGAAGAUAUACUAGUAGCAGAUUUGAACUUUGUGUACAUUGUUGCUCGACUACUGGAGUUCUUAAGCCCUGACCUCAGCCGAGCAUCACUGGUUGCUAUUGUCAAAGACAUAAGGGAGUCCAUGCUUGAAGAAGUUGACUUUUAUAAGGAAGCUGCAAAUGUUGAGGCCUUUAGGAGAUAUUUAGAAGCUAUGGGACUUACAAGACAGGCUACUGCCCCAAAAGUCUAUCAGCAUUGCAGCACUCGUCGAGUUCUGACCAUGGAGAGGCUUUAUGGAGUGCCUCUUACUGACCUGGACUCGAUAAGUUCACUUGUUGCUAGUCCAGAGACCAGUCUUAUAACAGCCCUAAAUGUCUGGUUUGGUAGUUUGCUUGCGUGUGAAACUUUCCAUGCAGAUGUACAUGCUGGCAAUUUGUGGCUAUUACGCGAUGGUCGUAUUGGAUUUCUUGAUUUCGGAAUUGUAGGGCGGAUAUCCCCAAAAACAUGGGCAGCCAUGGAGGUGUUUCUAACAGCAAUUGCAGCUGAGGAAUACGAAUCGAUGGCAUCUUCCUUGAUUGAAAUGGGGGCUACAGACAAGGAUGUUGAUAUUAAUGCCUUUGCAAGAGACUUGAAAAAGAUAUUUUCAUCAAUACAGGAACUGGAUACAGAAAUAGUUGUUGCAACAGCUAGAGAUGAUAAUACAAAUGCUACUGCUGUUUCCGCCAAUGUACUUGUUGACGAGAGGCAAAUGAAUGCACUUUUUCUUGAUGUGGUUCGUGUCAGUGAAUCAUACGGACUCAAGUUUCCUAGGGAGUUUGCCCUUCUUAUGAAACAGCUCCUUUAUUUUGAUAGGUAUACUCGGUUGUUGGCCCCUAACUUGAACAUGCUGCAGGACCAGAGAAUUAAAAUUGUUUCAAAUCGAAAAAGCAGCUAUAGAGGGGAUGAUUUCAAAUGAAUCUUGCGGAUGCGGACAUAUAAUUUGAUCCCCCAAUAGCUUUGCUUUAUUCAUCUUGUUUUCUCUUAUGUAAAUACAACUAUAGAACUACUCCAGAGGUGGAGUUGCACACAGUAUAUAGAAACCAUUGAGAAGCAGGAAACAGAUACUCACAGAUGAUGUACAAAUACAGUUCAUUUUGCUGAUGAAUUUUGAUUCUGCAUUGGAAGGAAUACAGUUUUAUAGUUGCUUAUUCA